CAAUCGCACACUCCCCCAUCUCUGGUGCAUACGCGGAAUAUUUACUGGGCGAAACAAACAAAGAAGCGCGACCCAUGGCGGAUAACGCGCGCUCAAUCCCGUCCACAUUCCAGAGACUUAAAGUCAUCUGCGUCCCUCUCUUGGGGAAUGCCUUGCUCAGCCCCACGAACACUCCGGCAGUGCUGAAUCUCUUGUCACAACUCCGAGACACUCUACGGCUUGUUCAGACCUCUGCCGAAGCCCUUUCUCCCCAGACCGUCUCCUACAUCUUUUUCCCGCUCUCCACCAUCCUUCGUCGCAAUGAGCUCUCAAAUAUUCCAGAUCAGGUACUGGAAAGACUCUUGGAUGUCUUAGCUCUGCUAUGUGACUUCUGGUGGUGGCAUAUGGAUGUCGCCGUUUGGGAGCAGGUCUUCAUGCUCUGCAGUGCCAUCCUUGGGGGCAUUGACCGGAAGGGCAAGGGCAAGGAUAGGGACGACGAGACCAAAAUUGCGGCCGCUAACUGUCUCUGGUCUCUCCUUCGCUCUCGGACGGCCGAAGAAGAUCCUACGAAUUUGCUCGACGGAGGCGCGCAUGCUCGGGCGAUCCUAGCCUCAUUUAGGGAUCGCGCACAGACUCCCAAAUUCAUGCCCGUGCUCGGUCAAACGCUGGACUCCCUCCUCAUCGCGGCAGAGUCUCCUCAUAUGCCAUUGCAACGGAUUGCGCUCAAGGUCUUAUCCUCUGUGAUCGCUGACUAUCUUCCCGACGAGUUUGUACCGUCGGUUCUCCCUGGGAUAGUGAGUAGUAUGAGUAAGGUCGCAUUGGGGACGAAAACCUUCAAGGGGUGGGCCAACGGGGACAUUGUUGCGGCUGCCCUGUUAGUCAUGCAGCAUGCUAUCGUUCGGGCCAUCGGCGACACCGUUUGUCUUCGUGAAGGGGCUGUUCAAAGCAUUAGCGAGCUGGAAGACUUGCUACCAGGCUCUGGCCCUACGAGCGGCGAAGACGAAACUCCUCCGCCACCCUACGCGACACGUCGCACCACGUCGUGGCUACAAGGUAGCGCUGGGCAACUCCAUAUAGCGUUGAACGCUCUGUCCCCUCUAGUCAAACACCCAACCCCCACUGCUCUGCUUGGACUGGCAACCUUUUCAGCCGACGUCUUGGCCGACACUGCUCUCACACUACGCCAGUCUCAGCCCCUCCUCCUGUCCUUCCUCCUGUCUCUCCAGGCGUCCUCCUUCGAUCGAGUAUCGGACCACGCUGACGCCUCGCUUAGGCGGAUCCUCACCGGUCAAUCCCCCGUCCGCCACCACAUCGCCCCAGUACUGUUCCAGAUCGCACAGGACAACCUCGCGGCCUUGCCCCGGCUGCUGCUAUCCCAUGCCGAUGCGAAGGUCGAGCAUGCUACCGAGAUCCUGGAGUCCAUUUGCCGCCUCGCGGGCCCUCGUGUUCACCCUUCUCAUCCAGGAGUCGCGGCGAUCUCCGCGGGAGUGGGCAAGCUGCUGGGGCCUGGCGGCAACGUAGAGAAGUGGGGUUGGAGCCUCCUAUCGACCCUCGAAUUCGUCAGUCCGCCUAUCGUUGUGACACCGGCGUCGGCGGCACAGCUCAUGUUGGAGAAUGACCCAUCGGCAUCCCACAGUAUCUCUUUUCCCGACCUCACGUUCCGGCACGUCAGUUCACGGGCGGCACAUCUGGCGCUGGAGCGAAUGUUCCGCGCCCUAGGCGCUACCGCUGGAGAAGACUGCCUCUUCUCGGUGGAAUGGUUUGUGGAAGCGGGACAGAGUGGUCGCGGCAAGCGAGCUGUCGCUGCCCUGUGGUGCGCCUGCAGGCUACUGGAGGGUGUUGGGAAGGUGUCGCUCGAUUUCCGGACCUCAACGACACUUCCGGCCCCCCGCACGAAGAGGCUCGAGAAAUUUGCUAGGAACCUCGCACGGCGUAUCGGGGAAACCUGGGACGACUUGGACAGGGAAGACGUGCCUGGUGAUGCGGGGCCAAAACGGGACGCCGAUGAAGACAACAACGUCCUCGUCGAGCACGUCCGAGGGCUUGUCACCGUUCGGGGCGUGUCCGAGGCCGAGCCCAGGCAGACAUCAGCACCGCUACAUUCCACUAUACAACCGAUGCUUCACCGUGGGCUCUCGCUACAAUUGCUGUCCAUUACGGCUGGCAUUCUGGAGGCGCGCUUCCUUCCGCUGCUUCUGCAUACACUCUACCCGGUUCUGCACGGAAUCGUCUCCGAUUCGCUAUUUGUUUCCAUCUCCUCCUUGGCAGCGCUCAACUCUAUCUCCCAAAGUACCUCCUUCGCCACCCCUGCCAAUCUCCUGCUCUCUAAUUUUGACUACGCAUUGGACGCGGUUUCGCGCCAUCUCACGAGGCGGUGGCUCGACGUGGACGCGACGAAAGUGCUAGCGGUGCUCGUCCGCCUCGUGGGCCGGGAUGUGGUUGAAAAGGCCGGCGACGUGGUCGAGGAAUGCUUCGACCGCCUGGACGAGUAUCACGGGUACGAGGUCAUCGUAGACGGCCUACUCGAAGUCCUUCGCGAAGUAGUCAAAGUGAUCGAGCAAGACAACGUUAAACCCCCGUCCGGGACCCCGCAUGUUCCGCCCGCGCAGUCGCACUCGGUCGACACUACCGGACAUCUUGACGCCUUCGCGGAUUGGUUCGCACACCGACACGACCCAAAGGAAUCAGACGAACCGAUCCGCGACAGCUCAUACCCUCGCGAGGCGUGGGGAAAGGCCGCUGAAGAGGGCGCCGACGCCGAUACGUCUGAUGCUAGGCAACCGGGAGACGAUCCGUCUGCCGAGACAGCACCUACGCCAUCCCAGGCGUUGACACAGCAGAUCGUAUCGCGCUCACUCUACUUCCUUACGCACGGGGCGCCCCAGAUCCGUGCACGCAUCCUCCUCCUCUUGGCCCACGCCGUGCCCGUCCUCCCCGAGUCCGCACUGCUCCCCUCCGUGCAUCAAGCCUGGCCCUUCAUCCUAAACCGGCUGGGCGACACGGAGACGUUCGUCGUGAGCGCCGCCGCCGCACUCGUCGCAGCGCUCGCAGCGCAUGUCGGGGACUUCAUGUACCGGCGUAUUUGGGACGAUGUGUGGCCCCGGUUUCGCAGGCUUCUGCGCAGCCUCGAGCGGGCGGACGCGAAUAAUGCCCUGGCGCACCGCGGCCGCGACGCACCUGGAACUGAGUCGGCGUACACACACUCCCACAGGCUGUACAAGGCCAUUCUUCAGACGCUGACCGCGGCCGCUCGCGGGGUGCAGGCGCAAGAUGCGGCGAGCUGGGAGGCCAUUGUGCUAUUUCGGCGCUUCCUUCACCGCCACGCCCAUGAGGAGCUCCAGGCUUGCGCAAGGGCGCUAUAUGCGGCGCUGCGCGCGACCAAUGAGGACGCUGUAUGGUUGGGACUAUCGGGAACGGUGGGCUUAGUGGAAGGUUCCGUCGCGUUCCUGCGCGAGCCAAAAUGGGACUUGGAGGAGAAUGUCAGGGUCAUCCUACAACCCUGA